UUCCUGAAGCUCCAGACAGGAAGUUAUCAGAGGUCUAUGGUGUCCGGUGGAGAAAGUGCUGUCUGCUGCUUUGGUGACGGCGAGAGAGGACCGUGGGUUGGCUGGACUGGCCGUUUGGCCUCGCCGCAGCUAGGAGCCCGUUUCCAUAGCAGCACCACGGCCCCGUCCUCCAGCCCAGACCCCGGCGCGGCUGCCCGGGGGAUUUCUUCAGGCUCCUCGACGCCGCUCCACGAGGCACCUACUUGGGUUUUGCCUCGGCUUGCAGCCAGCGGACUGGCUCCCGGCUUCAGCUCUGCGGGCCACAGUAAGAAGUGCCCUUAUCAACCCGCGCCCUGCCCCUCUUCCUGAGCCAUAGAGACCCCGGUCCAGAGCGACAGCCUUGGACCUGGGACUAGACGCAUCCAAGACGCUCAGCCCCGGCCCCCCUCAAACGGGGCUCUGCAUCGUCUCUGAUAUGUCACCCACCGUCUCCCACAAGGACAGCAGUCGGCAACGACGGCCAGGGACUUUCAACCACUCUCUAGAUUUGAAGAGUGGUCCUCUGCCGCCGGGCUCCUGGGAUGAUAAUCUUCCGGAGGUGGUGGGCGGGGAAGGGGACAAAGAAGCUCUUCUUCGGGAUAUCAGCACUGUUGAUUUCUCAAAAACCCCACGGAGCUGCCGGGCGGAAUUGAGCAGCAUUUUGCUGUUGCUCUUUCUUUACGUACUUCAGGGCAUUCCACUGGGCUUGGCGGGAAGCAUCCCACUCAUUUUGCAGAGCAAAAAUGUUAGCUAUACAGAUCAAGCGUUCUUCAGUUUUGUCUUUUGGCCUUUCAGUCUCAAAUUGCUCUGGGCCCCGUUGGUUGAUGCGGUUUACUUUAAGAACUUUGGUCGUCGCAAAUCUUGGCUUGUCCCAACACAGUAUAUAUUGGGAUUCUUCAUGAUAUAUCUCUCCACUCAAGUCGACUAUUUGCUCGGAAAUACAGAUGGCCGAACCCCCGACGUGGUUGCUCUCACUGUGACUUUCUUUUUGUUUGAAUUCCUGGCAGCCACCCAGGACAUCGCUGUGGAUGGUUGGGCGUUAACUAUGUUAUCCCGGGAAAACGUGGGUUAUGCUUCUACUUGUAAUUCAGUGGGCCAAACAGCCGGCUACUUUUUGGGCAAUGUUUUGUUUUUGGCCCUUGAAUCUGCCGACUUUUGUAACAAAUACUUGCGGUUUGAGCCUCAACCCAGGGGAAUCGUCACUCUUUCAGAUUUCCUUUUCUUCUGGGGAACUGUAUUUUUGAUAACAACAACUUUAGUUGCCCUUCUGAAAAAAGAAAACAAAGAAGUAUCAGUAGGAAAAGAAGAAACUCAAGGGAUCACAGAUACUUACAAGCUGCUUUUUGCAAUUGUAAAAAUGCCCGCAGUUCUGACAUUUUGCCUUCUGAUUCUGACUGCAAAGAUUGGUUUUUCAGCAGCAGAUGCAGUAACAGGACUGAAAUUGGUAGAAGAGGGAGUACCCAAAGAACAUUUAGCCUUACUGGCAGUUCCAAUGGUUCCUUUGCAAAUAAUAUUGCCUCUGAUUAUCAGCAGAUACACUGCAGGUCCCCAGCCACUAAACAUAUUUUACAAAGCCAUGCCCUACAGAUUAUUGUUUGGAUUAGAAUAUGCUCUACUGGUCUGGUGGACUCCUAAAGUAGAACAUCAAGGGGGAUUCCCUAUAUAUUACUAUAUUGUAGUGCUGCUGAGUUAUGCGUUACAUCAGGUUACAUUGUACAGCAUGUAUGUUUCCAUAAUGGCUUUCAAUGCGAAGGUUAGUGAUCCACUUAUUGGCGGAACAUAUAUGACCCUUUUAAAUACCGUGUCCAACCUGGGAGGAAACUGGCCUUCCACGGUAGCUCUUUGGCUGGUAGAUCCCCUCACAGUAAAAGAGUGUGUAGGAGCAUCAAACCAGAAUUGCCGAACACCUGAUGCUGUUGAGCUUUGCAAAAAACUUGGUGGCUCGUGUGUUACUGCACUGGAUGGUUAUUAUGUGGAAUCUGUUAUUUGCGUUUUGAUUGGAUUUGGUUGGUGGUUCUUUCUUGGUCCAAAACUUAAAAAAUUACAGGAUGAAGGACCAUCUUCAUGGAAAUGCAAAAGAGACAAGUAAUGCAUUCACUACUGGACAUUCUAGGAAGGUAACUCUAAUUUAGUUUUAACUCAGAGAGUUAUGAUAAUCAGUGUACAGGAGUAUAAAAUAUUAUUUUAAACAGGAAAUUAUUAAUAUAAAAUGCCAAAUGGUUAAAAAUAUAGAAACCUCUCUGUAUAUUUAAAUAUACUGUCAAUGUAUUUAAAGUUUACUUAAGUUCAGGGAAUUGGUACUAAAAUAACUUUUCUGGUCUUGUUAUUUGAUUUAUAGAUUUUUUUAAUUUACUGACCAAAGCAUGUUUUAAGCUGCAGUGCAGUAGUCAUGGGUGAUAACCAUGCAGUCAAGUAUUGUUAUCAGUACCUAUCAUUGAGCUAUGUUAAAAUUUUUGGUAAAAUAUGAUAAGUGGAACAUAGCUUGAUAUUCAUGUACUAUCCACAACUAGUCUGGCCUUGUCAGUUAAAUCUUAUUUUGAAUUGCAAGUUGGUUAAAUUUUAUGUGGAAUUUGCUGAGAUGAGAAUGUAAACUACUGAAAUACCAUUUUAGUUGUUAUUUUCUGACUGUAACCACAUUGUGCUAAUGAAUCUGUGUUAAAGACUAUUUUAAAUGUAUUUCCUGCUUUUGUAAACAUUAAAGAUUUAUAAGAAGAUUAUUCAAACUAUUUUUUAUAAAAUGAAAGCUAUGACUUCUAAUUUAUUGAUUCCCCUUCUCCUCCCCCUUUUUGGAAGCUGUCUUGAUUCCUUUUUAACUCUUAUCCUAAAGCAUACAUACGUUUUUUGUCAUAAGUACUUCAUGGCACACGGACAGCUCACAAGGGCAUCGAAUUUAAUGUUGUAUGUAUGUUUGUGGCAAAGUUUUGAAAAUAAAAAUUAAAUGUUUUUCUUCAAGUAGUUUGUUUUUGUUAUUGAUAGGAAAAAAAAACAGUAAAACUUACUGAUUAAGUAAAAUUUAAAUUAAUACUGUAGUUUUAAAAACUAAUGUUUUGAAGAGAGACAUUUUAUGCCUUUGAGAGGUUAUGUAUUGGAAAAGGUUACUUAAUUAAGCAUUUUACUAAUGAGAAGAGAUCUCACAAUUGCUUUAUACCUAAUCAGGUAUUAUUUUUCCACUUAUUAAAGCACAGCCUUCUGUUUGUAAGCUGUAGUUUCCAAUGGAGAAUUGCUUUCCCAGGAGAAUUAAGGUUUUGAGUACUUUCUAAAUUUCCAGCAUAUUAUGUGUGCCUGGUGAUAAGGUUCUAUGCGUGUUUUUUGUUGUAUGGUACUUUGACUCUUUAGAGAGUACAUAAAUGUUUCAAAAGUUUGAGAAAAGGAGAUAGUAAGUUGACUUUUAUUUAAUAACUGUUAUUUUGUGGGAAAAUGCGUACUAAUGUUUGAUUUUGUUAAUGACAUAGAUUGAGUUUUAGAGUGGGAUUUUUGUAAGUAAUGGAGGAGGAUAUGGUUGGGAGAAAAUCGCAUCUGAAGCAUCUGAAGAAACAUAGAGGCAUUGGCUUCUAGAACUCAUGCGUUGCCAUUGGAAAGCCUGUGUUGGGCAUUGAUGUCAGAUCCUGAAGAAUCACCUGAAAAAUCAUCCUAGAGAUACACCAAAUGAUAGACUACAAUACUUUUUCUCGUGGGUUUUCCAUUGUCAUAUAUUAUAAUCAAAAUAUUUACUUGAAUAAAGAAAACCCACUUAAUCCUCAUGUGAAAUUAAUUUUGAUUUUUUACUUUUGGAUUAAGAUACAUCGCCAUAAUUACCUUUAUUUUUUCCCCAUAUUGUUACAAAUUAUAUGUAAACGUACUUAAGUUUAUAGAUUGUUAGGACUUAAAGUUUUAAAGUGUAUUUUAAGCCUUAGCUAUAUGGUGAAAGCCAUUCUUUGCAUUUGCUGAAUAAAUGAACUCAUGCUUUGAGUUAGUCAUUUGGGUAUUUGGAUA